AUGGCUGAGGAAUACGAUCCCGAACACAGACUUUCAUAAAUGAAGAAGGCCAUCUAAGAAAAGGCCUAAUUUAUUUAAAAAAAUUUUGAAAAUUAGGCAAGAGAAGCUUAUGAAUAAGAAUAUAACAAGUAAAUCGAAACUGAAAAAACUAGAAUUACCGAAAGAAUGACUUCUGAUAGAAGCAAGUUCAUUUAAGAAAAGAAAAUUGAAAAGUCACGUCUUGUUAAUGAAUUGAGACUCUCAAAGAUGAGCAAAAGAUACGGUUUUCUUGAGGAUUUAAAGGGAGAUAUUAGAAAAGAGCUUUAAAAUAGACUCUGCAAUAAGGAAGACUAGAAAAAGCUUUUGAAAAAUCUUAUCCUCCAAGCUAUGAUUAAGUUGAUGGAACCUGAAACUACUCUUAGAUGCUUGAGAAAUGAUGUCGCUGUCAUAGAAGGUUUGAUUAAGGAAUGCUAAACAGAAUUUAACUAGCUUGUUCAAAAAGAAUGUAAAAAGACUAUAGAUUCAAAAAUUAAAAUUGACAGAGACAAUUUCUUAGAUGAACAUUUAUUGGGUGGUAUUGUUUUAACUUGCUUAAAUGGAAAUAUAGUCGUUUCUAACACUAUUGAUUCCAGAAUCGACUUUGCUUUCUAAGAAAUGCUUCCUGAAAUCAGAGAAGGUUUGUACCCUGACCCAGUUAGAGCUGCACAUGAUUCUAAAAGAAAAUAAGAAUAGCUCGCUGCUCAAAUGGCCGCUGCUAAUAAAACUCAUUGA